AUGCCGCCGCAAGGCAACAAAGUCGACAAGCCGGUGAAGCAGAGGCGGAUUACCCAGGCCUGCGACUUCUGCCAUCGCCGGUCCAUUCGCUGUCGCCCUGCUUCCGAGGACAGCAAUAGCUGUCAGAACUGCCAGGACUUCGCACAACCCUGCACUUAUGACCGCAAAACUCGCCGGAGAGGCGCACCUCGAAGGCGGGCCCCAGCUUCUACGGGCGGCGGCGGCGGAGAGACGCAGGAUGAUGAUGGCCCCGGUGGUCCAGCACUACUGCCACAAGCGGGUCGCGGAGAGGGCUCCGUCGAUCAGGGCGUGUCAGCACGCUACGGGAAGCCAUCACAGUCGGAGGCGGCCAUGUCCACGCCCUGGAAAGCCCCCUACGUUUCCAGCCAAGCAAUAAUCAUGGACCUGGUUGAACUAUACUUUGAGAUUGUGUAUCCGAUCUUUCCACUCUUCCACUCGCCAUCGUACAUCCGCCGCAUCUCCCGAGGCGAAUACGUCCACAACAAAAGCCUCUUCGCAGUCACCAUGGCCGUUUGCGCUCUGGUCAGUAGCCGUGUCCGUGACGGAUCUGUCACCAAUCCACGGUGGAACUUGACGUCAUUUAGCGAGACGGAUCCUGCCAUAUUCUAUGCCGAGACCAAACGACAACUUGCGGACGAGUCGCCUUCUGACUUGAACCUAUUGCGUGCACAUGCCAUUCUUGCUAUCGCAUCGAUCCAAAAUGGCAACAUACGAGAUAUGCACCGGCACCUGGGGACAUAUCACACUUUGGUCGCAAUGGAUGGGCUCCAUGACGAGGCAAACUGGCCUCCCGGCAUCGGCAUCAUCGAACGAGAAGAGAGGAGGAGACUGCACUGGUCUAUAUACACCCUGGAUAUUUAUUCUUCAGUCGUCUGGGGAGGCGUUAUACGGUCGAGGGAGCAGCAAUCGAAUGUUUUGUAUCCAACCGAAACUGACGAUGAGUAUAUUGACGACAGCGGGAUCUCGCUGCUACGCUCCCAGCCUGAUGAUUCCAGCACAUUAGGCAAUGACGGAACGACAAGUCCAGGGGAUUGUUGGCUCAGCGGAUGGAACUUUAUCACUGAUCUUUACAGAGUCAUGGAGCACGCAUUGGUACGGUUUCAAGGCAACCGCUACCACAGUCGUUCGUUCUUGAGGGACAUAUUCGGGGAGCAGUCGACUGCAACCCAGGCAUCAGUCCGCGACAAGGUUCUUGAAAUGUACUUGAGGCUGCCGCGUCAUUUCAAAGAAACACCACCAAUGACGUAUGAUGCAAAAAAAGACCGCUUUGGCUUUCAGGCUGCCAAUAUCACGGGGAGCGUGCAACUACUACGCAUGGUCCUGUUCGCGGCAGGCGGUACGAGCAUCGAGGAGCGCUGUACAAUCGCUCACGAAGUGGUCAACGCAUUCAUCUCGAUACCGGUAUCCUAUCUACUAGCUAUUAGUCGUCCUCAGCUUCACCAUCUCGGUGGGAUUGGGACAAUACUAGGCUCGGUGUUUGAAGAGCCUUUGACGGAGACGGAUUACAACAGCCUACGUUCAAUUAUGCACUCAAUGGCGCAACUUCUGGAGAGCCUCGAGACAAGUCAACGCGGCGAUAAGUUGAACAGUGCUAGUUCAAAACUUAGGUCGCAGAUUGCCCGCAUCGAUGCUUACAUGGCCACUCAACGAGAGACGACUACUCACACUGUUUCAGAUGCCAACCAGCUGGGACUAGACCGGCUUGUGCCGCAAAGCAACAGUACCAUUGAGUUUCCAGAGGUCAAUGGAGGUUUAACAGGAACAGAGUGGACACUUCAGUUCCCUCCUGAUUUACUAGGCGAUUGGACAUGGAAUUUUGACUUUGGAUAA